AUGGACCUGUUCCUGGGCCGGGUCCUGGUGAAGAACAACCGUGACCGUGACGAGCUGGACACGGAGCGUGAGAUCAUGGCCAAGCUGCAGAACCGCAUCGUGCUGCUCUUCUUCGCCUCGUCCAAGUGCGAACGCUGCCAGGAGUUUGCGCCCACGCUCAAGGAGUUCUUCAAGCUGCUGAUGGACCCCUUCUACGUGGAGCGGGCCUCUCAGCUGGUGCUCAUCACCGUGCCGCUGGACAACACGGAGGAGCAGCUGGACAAGCUGCUCAACAAGCUGCCCAAGUGGAGCCUCUUCCUGCACCACGACGACCCCUACAAGAAGGAGCUGGGUAUGAAGCUGUCUGUGGAGGAGAUCCCCACGGUGGUGGUGCUGCGGCCCGACUGCUCCAUACUGCUGCCCAACGCUGUACAGGAGAUCAGCGAAUCGGGGCCCGACUGCUUCCGCCACUGGCAAGAGGCGGCCGAGGUCAUCGACCGCAACUUCGAGAUGCACGUGGAGUUCGACGACAAGAAGAUGCGCAGCGUGACCGACCCCAUACGCAAGCUCAAGUACAAGGUGGAGAAGAAGAAGAAGAGGAGGUGGCUACUCGGGAUGUGGGGAGGAGGAGGAGGAGGAGGAGGCUUACAGAAUGCUGCUGCUGACUGGCCCUGGAGGCUGUGA